AUGCUGCGGUCUGUAUCGCGGGUCCAUAGGGUCUCAACGCGAGGUUUUACUACGCAAUGGAAGCAACAGCGUGAUGCAGACGUCUAUGCCUACAGAGCAAUUAAAGAAGGUAUGCGAAGUCGCGCGGCCUACAAGUUGGAUGAAAUCAACAAGCGCUUCGGCAACUUUCUUCGGCAGGGUGCCAUAGUUGUAGAUUUAGGAGCCGCCCCUGGCGGGUUUUCUGUGGUCGCCUCGAAACACAUACAUCUGAAGAGUAUCACGCAUGAUAGAUGGAACUCAAUCGAGGAUAUGGACAGCCAUUUUGCGCCAGCUGAUAUUGCGCGGAGUGUCGGUGGGAUGCAAGUGCGACGGAAGUUUGGACAGCUGAUAUGCGUGGACAAGCAGGACAUGGAUCCGGUGCCGGGCGCAGUUUUCGUGCGUGGUGACAUGAACACAGACAACACGUAUCAAAAAAUAUUGUAUGCUUUGAAUGGAAAAGAGGCGGACGUGGUGAUAUCCGAUAUGGCGCCGUCGACGACGGGUCAAAAGGAACAGGACCAUUUUCAAAUAAUGCAGUUGGCUGAAGAGGCGCUGCAUGUCGCCGAUAAAGUUUUACGGAAUGGGGGAACAUUUUGUUGUAAGAUAUUUUCGGGGGGCGAUGAGGUCGAUUUCCGAAAAGACCUCGAGUCGAGCUUCCUCAAGGUCAAGGGGUUCAAGCCUGCGGCGAGUCGGAAAAGUUCGAAGGAGAUUUAUUACAUUGCAAAAGGUUUCGUCCCCGCUCACCUGACUACUGAAUUGUCUGACGCGAAGCAAGACGAUCACGGCGAAUAACCCAUUACUCGAAAACCUCGCGCACGUUUCUUCACAAAACGGCGAGCGUAUCGCGGGUGGAUGUCGAUUGGAUGCGCAAUACGUUUCAAGCACAUCUGUUCGGUAUCUGCGCAGUCUAUUUCAAAGCGUGAAGCGGGGUUGGAGGUUUGCCAAGGUUGUGAUGCUUGCGUCCUCGGCUCUUUUCGAAGCAUGGCCUACAGUCUUGCGUUUCGAUACUUCAACUGGCCUUAUCCCCGCUUGGCGUUACUGUUGUAACAACAGCUUGCAUCGGUCACGAUGGGUCCGUUGAACUGUGGCAAGCUUCCUAUCCGACUAGAUUCUGGCUAAUCCACCAUAGCAAUGAUGAGAGCACCAACCUCCUGGUCGCCCUCAUGAGGGGUCCGUCCUUACCGCGCAUCGUUAGUGGUCGCAACAGUCGUAUUACGACAACCCCUGCCUCUAUACUUACUCCCAAGUUGUGUUUCACGUAUAGCACCGCAGCUAGACGACGCUUCUCCAAUACCACCAAAUGGCCGCUCCGUCCUUACUUAUGGGUGACAGUAAACAUGGGUCCAUUGCAUGGAAUAGCAUGCCCACUAGGUAUCACCAUCACCCAACCGAAAUCCGCGCCCCGUGAACGGAUUAUAGUUUCUUGGGGAUGUGCGACUUGCAGGAGGCCUUGAAAG